CUAGUUCUAUUUGAGUUUUACAUGCGUUUUCUGUUUGUAAAAGGAAUGUAACAGUGUUUAUAAAGAAUUAAAUAAUGUAUUAAAUUGUUAGAUAUGAAGUUUUAGAGCUUCUAUAAAAAAUUUUGGAAUUAUUUAUGAUUUCUCUUAUUAAUAUAACAUUAGUGUCAGUAUUUAUCAUUAGAAAUUAAAGGAACUCGUCUCGGAAGAUAUAUUUUUAGGACGUUAACGUUAGCCUGAACCUUUACAGGCGAAACUUAUCGAAAAGGGUCGAGAUCAACGGUGACUUCCGGUGGUGAAAAGUCUUUGCUAUCUCACCAUCUGUACACCGUGUUUCCAGAGUUGGCAUUUGAAAUGCCUGUGCGUAGACAAGGUGAAGCCCAUCAGGCUUUGGAGCUGUUAGAAGAAUAUCAUUGUAAACUAACAAGUCCUCAAGAUAAGCAACUGAGAAAUGCUAUUGAACGUGUUAUCAGAAUUUUCAAAAGUAGACUUUUUCUAGCCUUGUUAGAUAUUCAGGAAUUCUAUGAAAUGACACUUCUAGACGACAACAAAAGUGUUCAGCAGAAGACUGCAGAAACUUUACAGAUAGCUUGUAAAUGGGAGAACAGUCCGCCGAUUACAGGACUGAAUAACGAGAAAUGCAGGUACAGGGACGAAGAUUUUCCAAUUUCAACAGCUUCUGGUGAUUACAAAUAUUUCUCCAAUCUAGAUGGUUUCCCAAGAAGUUUGGUGGAGAAGGCGCUAUCGGUGUCCGAUUACUACGGCAGUAACGUAUCGAACUCGCCGAGAAAAAGUAACGAAAGCUACCAUGCUCAAGAUAGUGAUCAGGCACAAACUCCACUGUUAGAAUGGGGAGGCAGUGGGGAAAGCUAUACAAAUGGUGAAGAGGACUGGGAAUAUGAAGAAAUAACACUAGAAAGGGGAGGAGCAGGGUUAGGGUUUAGUAUUGCUGGAGGAAUUGAUAAUCCACAUGUUGAUGAUGAUCCAAGUAUUUACAUCACCAAACUUAUUCCUGGGGGUGAAGCAGCUGUGGAUGGAAGGCUACAGGUAGAUGACAUAAUACUGAAAGUAAAUGAAGUAGACUUGGUUGAUGUGUGUCAUUCCAUAGCUGUAGAGGCAUUAAAACGGGCAGGGAAUACUGUUCAUUUGUUUGUGAAGAGGAAGCGACCUCAUCAAAGUUAUGUUUUAGCAAUAGAACUAGUUAAAGGGAACAAAGGUCUCGGAUUUAGUAUUGCAGGGGGAAUAGGCAAUCAGCAUGUAGUAGGAGACAACGGAAUUUACAUUACUAAAAUUAUGGAAGGAGGAGCAGCUCAUCUAGAUGGUACACUGAAAGUAGGAGAUAAACUGAUUGCUGUCAAUGACAGAAACUUAGAUAAUGUAACUCAUGAAGAAGCUGUUGCUACUUUGAAAGCUACUUCUGACCAUGUAGUCCUCACAGUAAGAAAACAAAAACCACCACCUGUGUAUAUGAAUCACUCACUACCACCCCCACCUCCUCCUCCCACUCAACCUGCUCAAGAAAAUAUCUGUGUAGUCACUCCCACAUCAUUAAAUAUUCCUGUUAUGGAAUACUGCAGUGAAAUGAUGACACCCAAAGUGCCAAGUGAGGAAAAUAUAACAAG